AUGUCAGACAACGCAUCGAUCUAUGAUCGACCAAUUGCAAGUUCUGACCUAACUACGAUGAAACGAGCAGAUGGGCGUGGCCAACGGAGCUUCCGAACCGACGAGGAUAACAAUGAUGAGAGUGGAUGCAGCGGACAACGAGAGCACGAGGAGUCUCCGACGAGCCAAGAGUCGCCAAUACCGACAUCGAACGACGACGAAGCAACGACAGCAGCCAUGACGAACGAGCGAUCACGAACGCAAAGACGAUCCAGACGAAUUUUACUAUCAUCAUCUUCUUCUUCUUUUUCCUCCUCUUCAAAUUUUUAUUCACUAUCAAAAUUACAUCCAUUAUCAUCAUUUUCAUGGCGACAUAUGUCCUAUUUGGUUAUUCUGAUAUGUUGCAUAGUAAGUGGUGUCGUAGCAGCACCCACAGACCGAAAUGAACGACCUCCGAAGGUUGAGAUUCUUGAUGGAUAUUAUUCAGCAAACGGAAGUUCAGCAGUUCCAUCAUUCCAAGAAAUCUCAAGAAACGCGUUCCUUCAACUUAAAGGAACACCCGUUGAUUCUCAUUUUCGUCUCGGAACAGCCUAUCAAUUGGAAAGUGCUGAAGAGGAAGAGGCGAAGCACGAGAACCACGUCGACCACCAAUCCCAUGUCGACAAUCUGACUCGACAUCACCGUAAGAAGAAUCGAAAACCGGUUGGCAAGUUGAAGAAAAUUGCAAAAGACGAGAAUGGAGAUACUGUAUUAGAAGGGCGCAAACAUGCUCUACUUCAACUUGCCGAUCCGGAUGCGUUGAGAAUGAAUCAACGAUGCGAUGGUCAGAAGUUCAAACAGAGAAUCCGAGUUGACGGAUGUUUGACAAAGGUUGUGGUCAAUAGACUCUGCCACGGUACCUGUGCCAGUAUCUUCAUUCCAAGACACUCGACAAAAAAACUGAAAGCAGCAUUCAGAAGUUGUGCGGCGUGUGCUCCAUCCGAGUACGAUUACGUCGAUAUAACCUUAGACUGUCCUGGCAAAUCUCCGCCAACUACAACCAAAACGAUUGUGAAAGUGAAGAGUUGCAAGUGCAGAGAAGUGAGGAUAGCUUCGUUCUAA